CAGUCAGAAAAAUGGAAAGCGUGCCUGCUUUGUCUGGUAGGAGAUGCAGGGGGAUGCUGUUCAACUGACUUCUGCAGACAUCCUGAGAUAUCCCAGAGAGUCAUGGAGAAGCCCACGACUCUGUCCCUGCAACCAUCUGUCUAGAAUUCCUUCUGGCUGUACUACAGUGUGGUCCUUAUACCUCCUGUCCCUACCUACUGAGAGGGAGAGGAAAGCCUCCCUGUCUUCUUGGCUUUUUCACUCAACACCCUAAUGCAACAGUAGCCUUAACUCUGCAGUCAGACCUGUCUGGGCAUACCAGCUCGGCCAUGACCCUGCUGCAGACAAAGCCAUGUUCUUGUGACUCUGAGGAACACGACUGUCAGAUCCCAGGCCAUGCCUCAUGGAGGAGCUUCUGUGACGACAGCAAGAUGGGCCAGUGUCCAUCCCCUUCAACCCCCAGGAAGCCACUCAAGCCUGAGAGAAUGCUCCUCAUGCAGGCAGGAUUUGGACAAGCUCUUCCACCUUCAGAGGUCUCUCGAUCUCUAAAAUGGCCAUGAAGAUGCUGGCCUCAUAGGGUCGCCAGGACAAUUGGACUAGGACAUUUUCCGGGACAAUCCAAAGGCACAGUAGCCACCUCAGAGUCUCCAGAUAGUCCACGUUGUAGACUCAUUCCAUUUUUUUAAAGUCUGGGCCAGUGAAAUGUUUCUGGGAUGGAGCCGACAGCCCAGGGACAGACUGAGAAAAGCUUCAGCUACGUCAUCAGAGCUCCCAGCAGCGACGGCUCCGAUGUGAUAAACGUGGAUGUGAAGAUUGACACGUGCUGGGUGUUCCGAGAUGUGGAGGAGAGCGACAAGGAGCAGGGAUGCCUUCCAGAAGCAGCCAGCAGCCUGGACUUGGACACAGGGCUGCUCAGGGAGCAGCUAGAAUCCUCCGAGCGAAAGCUGUUGGCAGCUGUGGACAAACAUGUGAUAUCAGAGUCAGGGCUGAGGAACAGGGUCCAGGAGCUGGAGCUGUCGGAGAGGAGGCUUCUCUUGAAGGUGGAACAAUUGAGCGCCUGUGUGGCCCAGGAAAGAAGCGCCUCACUCCACGCCCAGGAGCAGCUGCAGGCACUGCAGGGGGAACUGGUCAGCUGGGUUCGGGAGGCCGAGAGCGCGGCCCGACGGCAGCGGCGUCUGCAGGAACGGCUGCGGCGCAAGGACGAGGCGCUGGCACGGCAGGCGGCCACCCUGGAGCGUUGCGGGCGGGUGCAGCGCCAGCAGCUGGGCCUGGUGCGGGAGCAGGAGCGAGUGCUGAGGGCGCAGGUGCAGGGGAUGGAGCGCGAUGUGCAGCGCCUAGGCCGCGCUGCAGGACUUCUGCUGGCACAGCUGCAGGCCCCCGACCCGCUGUCUAGUGCGAGUAGCUCCGGGCCGCAGCUUCAGGCCGGUCCCCCGGGCGUCCCCGAGGCCGCAGAGCUGAACGCGUGGCGGGCCAGGGCGGAGCGCGCGGAGCGGGAGCGGGCAGAGGCGGCGCGCAGGCUGCGGGAGCACAGCGCCACCGAGCGGCAGCUGCGGGAGCAGCUGGAGGAACUGCGCUGCUGCGUGUACGGGCUCACGCUGUCGGAGAUCGGCCUGCACAGCCAGGUGGAGGAGCUCGCCCAGCAAAACCGGCGCCUGCGGUCCCAGCUGGGGCACGGUAGCCCGGGUGCCUUGGACUGUGCACAGAGUGAUUCUCUGCCCCCAUCCGGGGCAGAGGUGCUGGAUCCCUGCAGUAGCCAAGACCACCAGAGUGAUGCUCAUGGAUGUCAGGCCCCAGCAGGCCAGCUUUCAGAAGAGUCCUGUGGCUGUGCUGGAGGUGGAGCAGAGCCCUGCAUGGUGGUGCCAGCAAGGACCAGAGACAAGCUCCAGAGAGGCCCGCUAGGGUCUGAGCAUAGACAGGGUGCUCUUCUCCAGCGCCACCUAGGUGGACAGGUUCUUUGGCCGCUGUGUGGCUGUCCCCCAGGGCCAAGCACAGAUGAGCCACUCUGCUCUUUGAACCUGGCAGGAGUUUCAGAGACUCUCCAAGAUGCUGGAGCCCAGGAACCCCUACUGUUUUUACCCAUAUCCAUGCUCCAGCUCUGGGGACCUGCUAGGGAACCAGAGAUCCUACUGCCAUCUCUGCUCCAGGAAUGUCCCCUACAUGAACUUCAGACCCAAGAAGAUGGAGCCAGCAAGCCCUCACCUGCACCAGAGGCUUUGGCACACCCUGGCUGGCACUGUAAUCUGGCAAGGAGCCAUGACACCUUCCUCAGCCAGGAGUCCCGGCUCAUUUCAAAUGGCUCAUUUCUCACAAAAGGGCCAAAGGAGCAGAGAGACAUGUGCAAGGAGAGAGGUGGGCCUCCAGCUGCAAGUGCAGAGAAGUUGGAGGCGAUGGGAACCUUGGAUGGGAUAAAAUCAGAGCUGGAUGACAAGUGCCCGCUGGUCCUGGAGAGCAGUGAGAAGCUGAUCUUGGACACUGAGGUUCAAGCCCCAGAUGGCAUGCAGGAAGGGAACAAAGCUUCGGAUACCCAGGCUGAGGCCCACUUUCCUUGGCUCCGGAGAGAAUGUCUACUACUGCCUCUGCAUGGGAUGACCCCUAGGUCACAGGAGGGUCCUGAUUCCCUGAGCAAGAGAGGGAGUGUGGGAGGAUAUAGCCAGAAACUCUUGAAAACUCUGUCUUCAGAGGAGGAAGAGGCUACCAGCCUCAGUGCUCAUGGAACCCAAGAGCCAAGGAUAAAAGGUAUCCAGCUCCCAGCAGGAAAGGGCAAAGAAGUCUGGAGGAGAACACAGGGUGAGAAGGGCCACCAGCUGUGCUUUGGAGAUACUCAGCUCCUGCAGAAGGAGAGAUCUGGGGAUGAAGAACAAGAGGAGGAGGUGAAGGUCCGAGUGACAUUUAACCCGGCUUCUGUGGGAAUCUCUGAGCAGCCUGAGUUCAAGGCUGAUGUGGGUCAGGAACAGUGUUUACUAAUAGGUGAUUGGGAUUUGCUGCAGGUUCCUAAAUGGGCCUCAGCAGAUACCAUCAAUGAUGGUCCUUGCCCCUCACAGGCUCUAAUCACAGGACAGGACAGGUGUGCCCUUCAGACAGACACACUGGAGAGGGAGGUGGAGGCCUGCUUCCAGGAGCUGAACAACCUGAAGAUUGUCUGUGGAGAUCCCCAGCAGGUGUCAGCAUUGACAGGAGAGAGCCAGAGUGUCACUCACACAUGGUGGGGCACUGAGGAGGGUAUGUGCCUUCAACAGCCAUUGGCCAGCCAGGAUCUGAAUGCAGAACGAAACAGGAAUGGUGGGAGAGUGAGGCUGGAAGAGGAUGUGGCUCCACGGACUGGAGAAAUCCUUCCAGGAGCAGCACUUGAUGGGGAUAAAGCCAACUGGGGCCCUGCAGAGCUGGGUGGGAGUCAGCUCUCCUCUACAUGGUGGACAGGAAGCAGAUUCCAUCAGCUCCUUGCCAACCUGAAGGGAGACAGAGAUGAGGUUUCGCUUGAUAAUGCCAGGCUUCAGAGAGAACAAGAAGGAUGUCACCAUGAAGGAUGCUGUUGUGAAAAGGAGCGCGCAAGAGAAGCAGCCAAGGCACUGAGGUUGGAGCAGGAAAACCACAGGUUGCAGGGAGAGCUGGCCCACCUCAAGCGUGAGCUGGAACAGUGCCUGCAGGCUGUGUCCGACCUGGAGGACUGCAAUGGGAAGAGUUACUGCAAGAUUUCCCAGCUGGAAGAGGAGAAUGAGAAACUGAGGGGGGACCUGGGCCAGCUGCACAAAGCCGUGUCUGAGAGUGUCAGGAAAGCCAGGGGUAGGAUGAAGCAUGUUGCCCUGGAAAACAGAGAGCUCAGGGCUCUCAUCUCAGAGCUUGGGGUCAGCUAUAAAGGGCUGAUAAAGGAAACAAUGGUAGGGAUAGAGGACAUGGUCUGGGCUCUGCAGGGGGAAAACAAGCACCUUGUAGACAGGGUCCAAGGCCUGGAGCAGGAGGUCCUACAGAUGAGCAAAGGUCUGGGGGAAGAAAAUUGGUACCCUCAGGAAAAUUCCAAGAUGGAGGGCGACUGUGGACACACUGAAGACAAAGAGAUCCAGGUGACUAUGUUUUCAAGGCAACUGAUCACAAGAGCCUGUGGGCCACCCUUGAAUGAGAAAUCAGGUGUGACAGGAGGGCAGGCAGGACCUUCCUUAGAUUUGGAAGAUUCCAGAGGCAGGGCUGUUGUUAAUACUAUCUCAUCAGUUUGUGCAGUCAUGGAAGGGCCGCAGGAAGCACACACCAAUGGGGUGGGGGAAGAUAGGGCUCCGCUGCAGAAAGAACAGAAGACACCAUGGUGUUCCAGUCAACAAGGACAGCCUCAGGGGUCCCUGGCCCACAGCCCCCAGUUCCAGAACUCCAAGGCUGCUGCCUCUGAGGAAGACCCAGAACUGUGCAUACAGCGGCUCCAUCACCAGGUGCGGACCCUACAGUGCCAGCUCAGGGACCAGGGCUGGACAGUGAGGGAGCUGCAGGCGGCUCGAGAUGAGGCAGUGGGCCUCCAGGAUAAGCUCAAAGGCAAGCUCGAGGAGCUUUGGGAACAGCAGCAAGAAUCACGCCUGGCCAUGGGUCCUCUGAAGGCCAAGCUGGCUUCUCUGGUCCACAAGUGCCAGGAGAGGAACCGCCUGAUUGAGCACCUGCUGCAGGAGCUGCCGAGACACGAGCCCAAGAAGCACCUGCUCUUUGAGCUGGCUCAGAACAUGCUUGACGAUGUGGCACUGGCUGAGUAUACCGCCACCUUCCUGACCCCAGGAGCCCCAGAGACAGGCCACCACCUGGAUGUGAGCUCCAACAGGACAGCAGCCAGAGGAGGAGCUCAGGACUAUCUACUUAAUUCUGAAACAGAUAGUGUCCUUCAAAGACUGUGGGGUGUGGAGUCCUGGUCCCCUCCAGGGACUGAGUGGACAUCGCAGACGGCUCCACCUGGUUCCCCAAAGGAAAGAAGACAGCACCACCAGGCACAUCGUGCUGGCCAAGAUGAAUGUCUGUCCCAGAUGACCAACGGAGCAGAGGUGGCCCUGUGAUUACAAGCCGUAUCACCACCCCUUUCCCAAGUCAUCAGGAGGCAAUGUUUCUCUCUGCACAAGACUGGCAAGAGCUUCAGAAGCCCCCAGCAUUGGCAUGGAGCAAUGACAGGACCCUGGGAUCUGGAGUUCCCAGGUUGGCUGUGUCACUUGCACAAAUGGCUUACCCUUCUUAGUCUGUUUGGGAGUCUUUCUGCCCAGCUGACAGUCACGCAUGAUGGCGCCAUUGCUGGCAAGUCAUCCUGACACUUCAGGAUGGUGGCCCAUGUUUCGGGAGCAUCUUGGUGUUUGAGAGCUAUCCUCUGCUCACCUCCCUUAUGCCAUUCAGGAUUUGCUGCCUUGAGGCACACAUAGUAUCACUGAUGUCUCUUCUACCUGCAGUGGGUGACAAGCCUGCAGGGAACAUUUUACACUGAGUGACCUUGGUGGUGCUGUGAACAUCAUGGAGGUUCUACACAAGCCAAGGCUGAAUGGAGGGCUCAGCUGUGCUGGAAAUUAUCUAGGGAGAGCCCACUCGCAGCUGUUGUUAGGUUUUCAGAAGAAAUAAACUUAGUCUAGUAGGGAGAGAGGACUCUACAGGGGAUGAGACAACUGACUCUGCUCCUAACUUGCUGGUGACCCUUGUACUAUUCCUUGGCCUCCAAGGUCCUCCAUUCCUCACUUGUAUGGUGAAUGCACUCACAUGUUUUCUAAUUCAUUGGCAGCUGUGACACCAUCCAGGCUGCCGUCCCUCCUGGCAUCAUGGCUCAGUUAUGAACACUCCUAUUCCUGGUUUCUGCUGAGGAGCAGGCUCUAGCUCAUGGAAAAGCUUCAGACAGACUCUCUGCUUCCAGGAAGAGGGAGGAGAGCUGCUUUUGUCAAACACAGGCCACUUCUAGCAACUAUGUCCUCCACUUUUGUCCAAGAGAGUCACAGCACCCCAAGCAAGCAGCCCAUACCAGCACCUUGUUCCAUUUCUGUGUUCUUAUCCAGGGGGUUAGCUUCCUUGAGGGGGUGUGAUGUUUCCCUUUAAGCUGAAGAGUGAUGGGGCUGGCUGGCUCUGGCAGAUGGGUAUCCAACAGGACCUUUUGAUAUCUAGGCACAUCCAGAAGGAAAACCAGGAUUCUGCCUGGCUAAUCCUUCAGACACCAUCUCUCUAGCUUUGCUGCUGAGUAUCCAAGUGGAUAAUAGAAGAUGGGUGGAUUAAGUAGGUAUAUCUUGGGUUUGGGAAGAACCCAGAGCUUUGGUCAGUGAAGGAGGAGUGACAGGCAGGUGCUAUAAAAACUUGUAUGUUCAAAUGUAGAGAAUCUAGCUCACAGCAGACACACAAGCUACCCUUGGAAUAUCUGGCCAAAAUCAUAUCUUUGUGACUCGUGUUUUUGUUUGGGCAAAAGGCACAGAGUGUAAACUUAGUGUCUUGAUCAUCUCAGCCAUUCAGUUAAGUGCACUGAGCACAUCUACACACUCCGUGCUGUGCUGCCAUUGUCUCUCCCAUCUCCCGAGCUCUUCUGUCUUCUCGGUUGAAAUCCUUCUUCCACCAGGAGGGCACAGGCUGGCUCACUCCAGGACUCACAGGCACUUGAUACCAUGGUUUAAUGCUUUACCGGAUGUUGUUUUUUCAUUCAACCAAUAGCACUGACUAAGAGCCAGGCCAAUCCUGAGCUCCUGCAACAGGAGUCCGCUGUGGUCAGCCCAUCAGUGGCUCUGCUGCAUGGCCCUUCUGAAUAGUCCUUCUCCAUGACUUUGCAUGCAGGGCUCUCCAUUGCCUGGAGGUGGGCUUCUCAUCUGCCUGUGUCCAGCUCCAGGUGGUCUCCAGUCCUGGGUCUUACAGGUCUCUCUUCCCACUCAGCAUGGAUGCUGAUGUGUCCUUUCCCAAGCCUGGACAGAGACUUGUGAAGCCUCCCUUACCCCUGUACCAACUUGAGCCUCUCCAUCCCCACCACCAGAGGGGGGACCACACAUGCUGGAAUCCUUUGAGGUCAGAACCCCUUUGGGCUUUGGAUGAGAUGAAGCACAGAUGGAAAAGCCUCUCAUCAACUCACAUUCUGUGGAAAUAGACCAGUCUGGUGCUACUUGACUUUCAUGUGCUAGCUAGAAGACAGAGACCACCUGGCAGAGGGAGGACAAAAAGGAUUUCAAGCCAGAGCCACAAGGCUGCAGUUCUGUCUGAGGCUCUGACACUGAAGACACUCCCUAUCCCGUUUUCUCACCUGGAAACCUGGGUUCCAGCACCCCUGCUCCAGCAUCUGCCAGGGGUGCUGAUGAACAGGCUGGGGGUGGGGGGAAGCACUUUGCAGACUCAAGCACAGAGAAGACACUUCAUUCAGGUCAUUACUUUGGUAUGCAUUUAUGGUGCACCUACUGUGUGCCUCGUGAACAACGUGGCCUGUCUGCCUCAAGAUGAUUUGGAAAACGUCCCUGGACUGAGAAGGAUUGUCUGUCAGAUGGCUGCACUGCACAUUGGUAGAGUAUGACUAACAACAGCCAGAGAGUUGGCAUGGCAACGUUUCCCCCUGAACUGCAAGGCAGUAUGCUUAAAAUAGGUAUACGGGAGGUGUGGCAGCAGCCGAGAUGGAUAGCGCUACAGCCUGAAAUGGGUAGUAGGCUCAGGGUGCUCAUGCCCUUGUCUUUCCCCAGCAGGUCAUCAGUGGAGGGACUGAAAUGGCAGACCCAGAAGCAUCUCCUAUGGGAGUUGGAGGAGACUAGGCCACCCUUUCUCCCUGAAUCCCAGAAAGCUUAAGUGGGACAUCCUUGCCAAGGGACCCCAGAUGGGGCUGACCCUGGUUUUCAUGUCUCUUGUGGACUUCUGGGCCCACAGUACGGGCUCUUCUGAUUGAGGGUGCAGUUCACUUAGAGCCUGAGUUUCAGUCCUCCUUUUCUAUGGAGUUCCUGUGUGGGAUCCUCCUAAAAUACUCUUGUUUGUGGUCGGACUUACAAGACAGGUUUAAGUCUUUCUCUCCCUCAAUGCUCAGGCCAGCAGAACUGAUCAAAAGUGCAUGGAUCAGGCACGGGGUUGAAGACUGGCUGGCGGAGUACCCGGAUGUGUGAAGCCCUGGGUUCCAUCCCAGCCACAUACACUGGAUGUGGUGGUGAGCUACGGUGAUCCCAGCACUCCAGAGCAGGGAGGCAGGAGGAUCAGAAGUCCAACUCACCUUCAGCUAAAUAACAAGUUUGAGACCAACAUGGUAUACAUAGAUCUUGCCUGAAACCAAACCAAACCAUGAAUUGAGCAAAAUAUGUUGAUGUAACCUUGCCAUCAAGCCCUUGGGAGGCAGAAGCAGGAGGAUCCAGAGUUCAAGGCUAGCCUGGGCUAUGUGAAACUAUUUUAUCAAAAUGUUCCAUUUUAUCAAAAUGAACCAUUUUGUAAUGAGAUUCAUCUGUGGGUCUGGUUCAUCAUCACUGCAGAGGAUGGGGACCCAGAUCUCAGGCAAGUGAUCCCAUGAUUCCUUUGCUCAGCAGGUCAUUGAGUGAGGUUUAUGAUUUUAGAGUUUUCUUCUCCUAUAAGCUCUGAGCUGUUUGAAAGAGAUUCAUGGCUCCUGUUUGCUUCUGAGAUGAGAUCCUAGGUCUGGAAGGUGAAACUUUCCUCCCCCCUUCUUUCUUCAUUCUGUUCUUCCUUCAUUCUCUCCUUUCUUCCUCUUCCCUUUUCUGUCUUUGGUGGGGGGAGUUGUUUGAGACUGUCUCAUGACCUUAUGGAGCCCAGGAUGGUUUUGAACUCCAGAUUCCCCUGUUUCUGCCUUCCUAGUCCUGGGAUUGCUAGCAUGUGCUACUCCUGGCUUGGUAAGUGAGACCUUUUGAGGUAUCAACUUGUGAGAAUGGGGGCACUAGACAGUUCUGUCAUCUUUCAGACACUCCACGUGUUCUCCUUGUUGAGACAGUGGGUGCUGGGCUCACCUGCAAAGACUGUCCUGGGUGGGGCUUGAGCUCACCUUCAGAGGCUAUCCUGAGUGGGGCCUGGGCAGGGAUGCUCUGGGGAAGCUGAGUGGGGCAGCUGUAGAGAUAAAUAUCCACUUGCAGACAGUGGACCCCAAAUCCCUUCCAGCCCUGUCCUUCCCCGAAAUCAUUAAGUUUCCACACGCCACUGUGAGCAUCUCCUGUGCUCUAUUGUAUUUAUUUUUACUCUUCCCUGGAAAAAACUGUUCAGGCAGGAGGUUCUCAUCUUUGGAGUAUUUCUGGCCACAAGGCAGUUUGGUAACAUGACAGCUGAGCCCGUUUUAAGCCUCAGUGAUUCUUGUGGAGCUAGAACACACACUGAGAGAUGGCCUUCAGUUACUGUGACAAGUCCUGAUUCUGGGACCUUGGUGGCCUAUCACUGAAGAACUAUCUGAGAACCCAGAGGAUGAAAGGUGCCUCUGGCAACUUCCUUGCAUCCUGAAUUCUUCUGGGCUAGAAGCAUCUGCCAUGAGAGGCAAAUCUAUCAACUGCUCAAUGAACAGCAGCAGCUUUCUCUCCUGCCUUGGUGCCACUGGCCUGGUGCGCACCUGUUUGGCUUUGCCAUCCAUACUCCAGUGCCUUACAGAAGCAGAGGAGAGAACACCCCGGAGGCCUGAUGACAUGGUUAGCUCCCUUCCUCAUAUAAUGGAAAGUUCUAGAAAAAGAUAAUUCAUACCUUGGACCUAAAUGCAUUUGGAAUAAGUCAGUUCACCAUGGGGUUGAAUGGCAAGGUUUUCUUUAUCUGACCUUUGCUCAUGCUCUGAUUUUGGCUACCCUCCAAUCUGACUUACAUUACGGGAACAAUAAACCAGGUCCACAAAGGAUAAGGCUGUCUUCAAAAGCAUGGUUUUUGGAGGCUGUUUUUAUGACAAAGAGUGGCCUCUUGAUGUCUUUACAUUAUGAGCAAAGGGGAAGAGAAAAAUGAAUGAGAUUGCCAAACAUGGCUGAAAACUUGAUCUCAACCUGUAUCAUUUUCGUUUCCAACUUGAGUGAUAUGAUACAGUGUUUGUAAAUAUGACCUUGGAAGUGAUGGGGGAGUCCAGCUGCCACUUAGACUUUUCCCUGAGGCAAGUACAAAGUCAGCAGAGGUGGAAGGGUAAGUGAGGGGCUUUGAACUUUGGCUGUGCCACCAACCAGCUGUGCAAGCUCAGACUGGUUCUCUCAGUCCCUCCAGAAGAACAGUGGGAGGGCAUGAGGGUUAGAAUGUGUUUCUGAAAACACCCAAAGAAUGAUGACAGUCACCAAGGACUUUCGUCACUGCUCUGACAGCAAGCUCUAUGCAGACACUUCUCAGGAAGUGAGAGCAUGGGCUACCCCCUGAGCUGGAGACUGAAGCUUAGGCUUUCCCAACCGGCUUUUCAUGGCCAGGGAGGGAAGGGCGUAGGAAUCAAUGAUUGGGAUGUUGCAGAGAGCCCCUGGCCUUCUCAGUCCUUUGGGGCUAGAACUGGGAGGAGAAAUCACAGGGCACCUGCAAAGCACAAUAGCAUCUGGGAAAGUGCACUUUCUAACAAGGUCCUGGGUGACCAAUAACCUUACAGCCACCUGAUGGAAUCAGACUCUUCCACAGCCACAUUACCAAACCCAAGGUCAAAAUGUUGGCAGGCCUAUCAUGUCCCCAUUCUACUCCACAGGAACAUGGUCCAGUGACAUGGAGACCCCUUUCCUGUUGGGUGCUCUACAGCAGGACCCCCACUGAGUGACUGGCAGUGGCUGUCCCACAGCCCCUGACUUCAGUGCAGUGAACAGAGUGAUUGGCGUGUGUCAGCCCCUCCCAACACCUCUCAGACCUGUGUAACUCAGGCUCAGCAGCCUGUCGGGAUUUCUAAUGACAAGUCUGUCUUGUGUAAUUUAGGAUGUUCUCUUGUUACCCAGAGGUAUUUUUCUAUGUUAGUGAAAUGUAUACUUUGUGUAAUUUUGUACAUUAAAACAUA